CUUCUCUUUGGAGCUUCCUUUCUUCUUCAGAUAUCAACCCAAUCGAAACUUUUGAUCUUCGAAUUUCACAAAGCUCAAACUCUUGCUGCUCAGGAUUCUUACUAUUCCCAAUCGCAGAACAUUGUAUAUAUCAUUCGGGUUCAAUGGAGAAAAAUAUGGAAGAUAAAGAAGAAUUCGAUGAGGGUGAGAUUGAGUACACGAGUUAUGCUGGUGAGCAUCAUCUGCCAUUGAUUAUGUCUCUUGUUGACCAAGAACUUAGUGAACCUUACUCCAUCUUUACUUACCGAUACUUCGUCUACCUCUGGCCACAGCUAUGCUUCCUGGCCUUUCACAAAGGUAAAUGCGUAGGAACCGUAGUCUGUAAGAUGGGGGAUCAUCGACAGACUUUCAGAGGGUACAUUGCCAUGUUGGUUGUGAUUAAACCAUAUCGUGGCCGAGGCAUAGCCUCAGAGCUGGUCACAAGAUCGAUAAAAGUGAUGAUGGAGUCAGGCUGUGAAGAGGUAACUCUGGAGGCAGAAGUGAGUAACAAAGGAGCAUUAGCACUAUAUGGGCGCCUCGGGUUUAUAAGGGCCAAACGGCUAUACCACUAUUACUUGAAUGGGAUGGAUGCUUUUCGCCUGAAGCUCUUGUUCCCUAAGCCGCGUGUACCUCAAAUACCUUCUCAAGAUCAAACCCAACAAGAGUACGAGACUUUCCCUAGGCCUCGUGUACCUUAAGGCCAUGAACGAAGGAGUGUGAUUCUUCAAUGUAUUCUAAAUCCUGAACAUGCUAAGACUAUGUUCUGUUUCGUAUGAAGAAAUAUUAUGUGUUCUAGUCCCAUAUUUUUGAAGUAUUCUCGACUGGAUUUAAGUUCUUAGUCCAACCUGUUAUAUAGUAAGCGAUUAAUCGGGACAUUUCAACUCUCUUGUUUGAUGA